GGAAACGGCCAACAACGGAAUAAGUCUCAUCGUUUUCUUUAAGGCAACACGAGAAGGAUUGGAAUACUGCGCAUGAGCUUAGAGUGCGAGGGCGAUGGGGCGUCGUGUGUGGAGUGCGGAGAGUUCGACUUUUUACCUCACUCGUGCCCCUACUGCCACGGCGUGUUCUGCGCCGCGCACGCUUCAUGCCACCACGUCCCCGCCUCCCGUGGCACGGGCGACGCUGCAGCUCUUUGCGUCCCACCAGCGGAUCCUCUGGUGAAGGAUGUAGUGCAUUCUGUGGGAGGUACCUCGGGUACCACCGCAUCCACUGCCCUCAUCCGCUGCGUUGUUUGUCAGUCAUUUCCCUGCGUCCUCACGCCCUGCCCACGGUGUGGCGAAUCCUUCUGUGCGACGCACCGCUUUCACGGGCACGAGGACGCGGCCCUGCAGGAGCGCCUGCGCAAGCGUGCAGAGCAGGCACGUCUGGUGACGACGACGACGACGGAGGAGGAAGACACUUCCAGUGCGGUGUCAGCGGGCAGCAUCCGCGCUCGCUGCGCUGCGUUUACCGCGUCGCACCCGCUCAGCCUGGCCCCGGUGGGCUACCGCAGUCGGCGCAUGGAUCUGCUGGCGUUGGUGCUGUUCCUCCGCCCUUCCAACACUUCGCCCGCGAAGUCACCCGUGGAGGGGAGUGCGUCUCCGUCGGUUUCAUUGGUGAAUUCCUCUAUCGCCGGCGGUGGUGGUGGUGGUGGUGGUGCGGUUGCGGUGACCGCCGACGAUGUGGGGCUGUGCAGUUUGAUCGUGGCGACGGAGAUGUCGGUGGGUCAGCUGCGUGACCGCUUGGAGACGGCACUGAUGAGCGAACAGGAAGCCGUGUUGCCGCCUUCUUCCACCGCGCUUAUGGGGGCUCGCACGUCGCUGUUCACCAUCGCGUCAAUCGUAGAGGCCUCGAGCGAGGAAACCGUAGAGGAAGCGAGGAGCAAAAGUCUGUCGUCGUCACAGAGCUCGUACCGACGCCGCCCACACCUGUCCGUUGUCUCCCUCUCCGCAGACGUUGUUCUCCGCAAGGCUCCUGUUGUGAAUGCGGCGGUGGUGUUGGCGGUGGUGCCUGCGGCUGCCUCGCUGGAGGAGUCGACGCUCGCAAAAAUUCUGUGUACGGUGUUGACAGAGUACUUGUUCAAUACGGCCGCGUCCGCCCACCAGGACAGUCGCGUCAAGGCACUCGCCACACGCCUCUACCUUCAGCACCAGCAACUUGUGCGGCGAAGCACCGCUGGUCUUGUCAUUGUCGCUGGCGACACUCGUAGUAAAGAAGGCCUGUAUGUCAAUAAGGCACCCUCCUCAGUAUCACCGGCGGCCAUCGGCACAGCCCCGCCGCAAGCUCCAGGAAGCACUCCUGAUGAGCCCGUGCCAAGCCAUGGUGAAGCGAACACUGCAGCUGCCGCCACGAGCGAAGGCUUCUGGCCCUUUCGCCACGCGCCUCCGCUCAACAGCUUUGACUUUUUCAAUUCGAAGAUGAGCCCGUGCGGGAUGGGCGCUCUUCGCCCUCCGACGGCGCCGCGCAUCGUUGUCGCGCUCUUCACCGCGGACACGGCGCUGCCGGGUGCGGUGCGGCCGAUGUGUGUGGCGCUGGGCAAGGACUGGCCGAUGGUGCGUGUGGCGGACCGGUUAAAGGAGGAGGUGGUGGAGCAGCAGCUGAGUCCGCACCGCACGGUUGCAGCGCCGCUGCUCAAGACGUUCUCUCUCUACCGGCUGGAGCAGGCAGGGGAGGGGGUCGUCGAGCUUUUGUGGGAGACGGCUGCGGCGCUGACCCCCGCCUCGACGCUACCCCUGCAGAGUGCGGAUGUGCUGGUGCUGUGUCCUCCAGAGCCGCCUGGUGCCUUGGCCGCUGUACAGGCGGAGCUGCGUCGCCUGCACAGUUUGACCGGCAAGGACAAGCGGGCACUGAAGGCCGAUCGGAUUAAGUUGUGCUCGGUGAUGUAG